AUGUCAGUCUUUUCCACCAUUUUUAUAUCAUAUAUAACAGAUGUUGUUGCUGGUUUGAAGUUUGGGAAAUCUUUUACCAAAACCAAUGGUUCGAGAACCAUUUUCUCUGCAGUCACGGUGCCAGGUUUAGGUUCCCAUGAUUGUGCCUUCAAGUGUGCAUCUGUUCCAUUCUGUGAUAUCUGGGAAUAUAAGGAUGUAGAGUGCACUACUGGGUUUAAGUAUGGAUUUGGUGACACGCUCUUAGCUGAGACAGCAUGGGAUAGACCCCUUGAUUGCAUCUCUGAGAAGUGUGUAGAAGUAGACGUAACUUAUACAGGAGAGACUGCUGGAAUUAUAGUGGACAUAUAUAAUCUGGAUGAAUGUGCGUGCAGAUGCCGUGAAACACCAGUAUGUGUACAUUUUGAAUUACGUAACGAUAAUGGGAUGUGUAUCUUAAAGUCAACAAUAGGACACAGCCCUAGGACUGUCACAGAUCAAAUGAUUGGUACACCUAACUGUUAAAUUUGUAAACAAAAUACUUAAAGUUUUGGUGAUAACAGUUGAAAAGGUCGCCUUUACAUUGAAUUCACAGUUUUGAACGCUUACUGCAACAUUUGUUUGAGUUCCAUAUUUAAUCCUUAAUUAGUUUCUCAACAGUUUUAAUAUAUAAUAUUAUACUUUGAAUCUAGAUUUUGCUCAAUAAAUGCUUUAUCUUUAUA